UUAAUACGCGAUAAAUGUCUGAAAACUACUCGAGAGAUAACAGUCGUGGCACUGAACAACACACUGAGAACAUGGAACUUGUCCAAGUAGUGUUCGAAAUGCCCGCCCCGCGAUUCUCCCCUGACGGCGACACGGAGCUCCACACUGACCGCUGCCUCUCAAACUGAAGACAGUACAAAAGAGAAAAGAUUUAUGGUGGACUGCAGGAUCUUACUAUAAGUGGAGAUAAAUCUCAUUCAUUGCUUUUUUGGGGCAUGAUAAACUACAUCAACCCACGAGGACGUUUGUUGAUUUUACAAGAACCCCUUCAAACUGGGACGCCUGAUUGGAAUAAGUCAGCAGGAUUCGGGGGGUGAAGGAAGGGAAGAGGGAUUAGGGGCUUAUCCUGGACAUGACCAAACCUUAAGGAGCCUCCGUCAAGCCAUAGGCUUCUAUUGCCUAGAUUAUUACAUUUAAUUUAUUGCCUUUUAAAGACCCUUUAUCUCCCCCUGGAGAUUCCUGGCGAGUGGGCCGCUGGAUUUGAGUAUCUUUAAAAACAAAGGAUCAGGAGCAGAGGCCAGUGGGAGUGGAGGAGCAUGAGGAGAGUAUACAUGCAAGGAUAAAGCAACAAGCCUCCCUGCCGCUUUACACUUCAGCAGGGUGCAGGUCAAGGGUUACUGAAUGAACUUGUAUUGGGAAAGCAUGCGAUCACAUUGAUUACACAAGUCUGAUUAAGAGCAUGUAGCAGCAGACUCUCUGGACCUUACUAAAGAAGGAGCACAUGGUUUCAGUCCUAAACCACAUAUCUGCAGUCUGAGCUGAAUUUAUUUCUGAACUGAUUUUUUUUUCAAAAGCACAAACCUAGAACAACUGUGAAGCCCAGAAUCUUUGACCACAUAUGCAGCAGAGGUUUUUAGGAAUUGGAGUCAUGCAUAUUUUCAGCUCACAUUUAUCUUCACAGAAUCUUUCUGGAUAUGAACAAAUACCGAUGGCCAAAACGGGACAUAGCUGAAUGCGUCUGCCUUUUGAGAAACUUUCCACUCAACUGCAGUUGUUAUUCUGCUGAGAUAUUUUUAAGCUUGAAGGGUGAUACGUGUAUAAUUUGCUUUCUUACGGUGUUCUCACCAUUUUUUUAAACAAAUUUUACUUUUUGUACCCGGAGACGCCAUGAACUUGGGCAAGCUCGCCGGCCUGAAGGGCCUGGUUUCCCACUCCUCAGGAAAACGUCGAUUUAAAGGUGACCUCACCCCAGACAUGAUCAGCCCCCCAUUGGGCGACUUCCGCCACACCAUGCAUGUGGGCCGUGGAGGGGAUGUGUUUGGGGACACCUCGUUCCUCAGCAACCAUGGUGGAGCAGGAAAUAACACAGAUGGAGACUCUUGCACUUCAGAGAAGAAUGAGGAAUUCUUCUCCCGCACGCUUCGCCAUGUCCGCAAGACCCCCGACAGGCCCCGCGGCGACUCCAAGGACCUUUCACCCCCACCUCCAAUAAUUUCUCCAAUCAUAAAGAAUGCCAUUUCCCUCCCCCGGCUGGACGUGGACUCACCCAACGGCUGUCCUGUGAAAGUGCUUUUCCCUAGUUCACCCAAAACACCAGAGAACUCCACAUACUUGUAUGGUUUGGAGUCUGGCUUUGUAACCUUGCCGAGACUGUCCCGCACUGAGCGUCCAGCCCAGGGCAGUUCUCCCUCAGCCUGCCUGCCUGAAAUCCACAGAGGCUCGCUCACGGACACGGGUAUCCCGUCCUUCCCCUGUUCAGACUCCAUCAGUCCUUCUGACUCCAUGAGCUCCUUCACUCUUGAUUUGGGCCCUUCCCUCAUGUCUGAAGUCUUUGCCAUGAUUGACAGCCCUGUGUGUGAGAAGGCUGAUCCCAUCAGUGAAAAAACACAGUCCACCAAUGAUAACUCUGAGGUGGACUCAGACGCAACCACAUCUUUGGUGGACUCUCUCCUGAGAGAAGACGAUGAUGGUAGGACACGGUUAUAUGGAGGAGAGUGGAAGCAUUCAGACUUUGUAAAUGGUGAGUCACCCAAAAAAUCCAUGCUGGGGGAUCGGAUGCGCUCCGUCUCCAUUGAGGAUCACGGCAUGAUGCCAGAGAGUUUCCAGAGGGCUGCUGAUGCGCUGGCACGUCAUUAUGGGAGUGGAGGACUCAGGAAUACAAACACCAGCAACUCUCAUAGGAGAGGACCAUACAGCUAUCCUGAUGAAGAGGAAGUAAUCAAAGUCUAACACUAUGAGAUGCCUAAUGUCCAAAUCGUACAGCACUUUUAAAGGGAUACUUUAAAAGUCAAAAAUGAACAUUCUGUCAUAAUUGACUCAGCCUCAUGUUGUUCCAAACCUGUUUCUUUCUUCUGUGCUAUAAUAAAAAUAUUGACACAAAAUGCCACUCUUUUCAUUAUAAUGUACUUGAAUGAGGACUGGGCCUAUCAAGCUAAAUAAUCACAAAAAAAGCACCAUGAAAGUAUCAUAAAUGUAGUCCAUAUUUUUCUGAAACCAUUUUUUUUAGCAUACUAUGAGGAACAGACCAAAGUUCCCAAAAAUUAAUUAAUAUUGACUUAUAAUAUUCUGUUCCUCUGGGCUGUGAACUGGAUCAUUGAGUCACUCGCAAACCAAAUCAGUUCUGGUUCGAUUUUUGAACGAAUCAUCCAGACUGGUUUUCUGUACUUGAUAAACUGAUUCAUUGAAAAGAUAGUUCAAUGUUGUUUGGUUCCCAACAUUCUUCAAAAUAUUUUGUUCUGCAGAAGAAAGAAAUGCUUGGAAGGUUUGGAAUGAGAUCAGGAUUUUUCUUUUUGGGUGGGGGGUCCCUUUAAUAACAAUGAAACAAUAAAUUGUAAAUGUAACAAUAAUUAAAUUUGUUCUGUUCCUCACAGACAGCUAUGGUAUGACUUACAACCCACAAGUCCACGGGAUUACUUUUGUUAAACUUUUGGUGCUUUUUUUGUCAUUUUGGAGUUUGGAGUUUGGAGUUUACAGUUCUCAUUCAGACUCAUUAUAUGGAAAAGAGCACCAAGGAUAUUCACCUAAAAGUUUUUGUUCCACAAAGGAAGGUCAUACAAGUUCAUAAUGACAUUAUUUUUUGGAUGCACUCUUUCUUACUUUUUUUGCAAUGGGGAAAAUGAAAGAUAAUUAUUUGUUAUUUGCCCCUACGCUCAUGGUAUUUUAAAGAAAGUAUCAUAAAAAAUAACAUAAUAAAACAAAAACAUCAGAAUUACCUGCAAUAUGAGUAAAUCUAUACAUUUUCUAAUUUAUUGGACAAGAACAUAAACGAAUUUUGGCAUCUCAAAUUUUCACCUAUGUUUGAUCCUACCUUCUCAUUCCUAAAAUAUUAGAUUUGAUCCAGGGAAAUAAAACCUGCCACAGUUGCUCUGUAAUGCACAAUAAACAGCUAGCUAUACAGUGGUAACAGUAUGCCAUUAAAAUAUGCAAAAUUUAUGUUUUCACAUUAGCACAAACAAAACAGAUAAAACAACCAAUCAUGACUUUCAUUUUUCUUUCCUUUAUUACAUGAUAAAUAUCUUAAGAUCAACACAGUAUACAGUAAUAUUAUAUGAUACCCAACAACUUUUAUCAAUGUAUUAUGAAAUUGAUUAAAUAUUAAUAUGAAUUUUGUUUGAAUUUAAGUUUUAUUAUGACAGAGUUAACCUCUCCAUUCCCUUAAUCACAAUAUAAUAUGUACAUACUGUACGUAUGUGCGGCUUUGCACAAGAAAUGUACAAAAUAGCAAUGUAUGUUACCUAUCAAUGACAGCAAUAAAGUUUUUAUUAAAAGAAGCUAUGAACAACAUCAGCCUUAAAAUGCUUUAACAAGUGUGAACAUGAUUUUACUGUUAUGGCGUUUCAAAUGUCAUGCUUCAGUAUAAGCAUAUAUACAGUAUAUAUAUAUAUAUAUAUAUAUAUAUAUAUAUAUAUACUGUAUAAAUAUCUAAUGUGAAGCGUGUCAGUACACCUUAAACUAAAACCAAAGGAAGUCAGAUUGUACUGUGUUAUAUUUGUGUUUGACAGUUCUUAAAACCCGUAUCUCUAGAGCUUAUCUAAGAUACUAAAGGAUUACCAAAAAGACAUCUACUUUUGUUCAAAGGCUUGGGGUCAAAGGUUUGGGAUUUUUUUUCUUUUUAAGAAAUGUAUACUUUUAUUCAGAUUGCAUUAAACUGAU